UUCGCAACGCAAUCACAACUGCAGUGCUGGUUUGGACAUCGUGCGGGUAGUACGCGAUAGUCGAGUGUUGACGGUUUCGCACAAAUUAUCGUGACGAAAGUGAUGUAUGUGGAAAGGACAGUGAAGGGAUUUCUUUUUUGACAGUCAUUGACCUGAGAAACUCAGCAUCAUGGGGAACGAUGAGAAAAAAGGCAGUAUUGUCCUCGAGAAUUUUAAUUCCACGGCUAAUCUCGCUUCGAAUCCAGGCUUUCAGUCAACGCUGAGCCUAGGCUCAAAAGAAGUAAUCAAUGAAAAAGCCUACAAUCCAUUCGAACACAGAAAAGUGGAACACCCUAAUUCAACAAUAGGCUCUCUAGUACAUCUCCUGAAGUCGUCGCUAGGGUCUGGUAUCCUGGCGAUGCCGGCUGCCUUCAAGAAUGCCGGCUUAGCAGCCGGGGCUAUCGGCACAUUAGUCGUCGGAUUCAUUUGUACACACUGCGUUUAUGUUUUGGUCAAAACGUCUCAAGAAGUAUGCGUAGACGCAAAGAAGCCAUCCAUGGGUUUCGCGGAAACGUGCGGUGCUGCAUUCGAAUUUGGACCUAAAAGACUAAGGCCUUGGGCUAAUUUUGCAAGAACAUUUGUCGACUACGCGAUGACAUGUACUUAUUUGGCAGCACUUUGCGUGUAUAUUGUAUUCAUAGCUGAAAAUUUCAAGGAGGUCCUCGACGAAUACAUCCCAGAAUACAAGUUAUCAGUAGAAGCAUACUGCGCACUGACCCUAGUGCCAUUAGUUCUAAUCUGUCAGAUAAGGAACCUCAAGUGGCUGGUCCCCUUCUCGGCCAUAGCCAACGUGUUCCUGGUCAUCUGCUUCGCGAUCACUAUGUAUUAUAUCUUCAGUGAUCUGCCUAAACCUGAGGGGAGAGUUGUGGUCGCCAGUGUUACGCAGUGGCCUUUGUUUAUCAGUACUGUGAUCUUCGCAAUGGAAGGCAUCGGCGUGGUGAUGCCGGUUGAGAACGAGAUGGCCAAACCCCAGCAGUUCCUCGGCUGCCCUGGAGUCCUGAACGUAGCUAUGACCAUCGUCAUCUCCUUGUAUGGAAUCGUUGGAUUCUUUGGAUACAUGAAGUAUGGAGAUGAUGUUAGGGGAAGUGUGACCUUGAAUCUACCACAGGAUGAAGUUCUAGCUCAAAGCGCCAAGAUCCUUAUGGCGUUAGCGAUCCUGUUCACCUACAGCCUGCAGUUCUACGUGCCCAUGGAGAUGAUCUGGAGACAGCUGCACAACAAGGUCUCCGUGAGGUACCACAACAUCACGCAGAUUGCUAUCAGGACCACUGCUGUCGUUGGAUCAGUGGCUCUCGCAGCGGCCUUCCCCGACCUGGAGCUAUUCAUCAACCUCAGCGGUGCCAUCUUCCUUUCAACCCUGGGUCUCCUGACUCCAGCCAUCAUCGACACCGUUCACAAAUGGGACCGAGGACUUGGACCCUUCAAAUGGAUCCUUUGGAAGAACAUCUUCAUCGCCAUGAUAUCUCUCGUGGCCCUCUUUGCAGGAUCCUAUACAUCCAUCAGGAGUAUGGUUGAUAAGUUCUAUGAAACUCCAGUUCUGGAGAUCGUUGCGAAUGUCACGAGUGUUUCAAUGAAUGACACUUUGAGCGUAUGAUAGUAGUUUAGUUUGUUAAUGAUAAGGUGAAAAUAUUAUGAUGAAUUUUGUAAAUACCUUUAAGAUUAAAAGACAGAAGAAAUCUUACAUCAGACUGCUGCCAAUACUGUAACAGCAAAUGAUGCUAAAGGUAUUUAAAAAUUCGACUUUAUCCAUGAAGAAUAACUGUAAUUUAGUAAUAGUAGUUGACAUUCCAGACAUAGAUAAAACUACUUUGUAAGAUUGUUAAGAUAAAUAGUCUCAAGGACUAUAAACUCGCUAAUUGGGUUGUGAUUGUUAAUUACAAGACGUUUUUAGAUAUCGAAAGCCUGUCUGAAAGUUUACAUUAUACUCAGAAAUAUUCUUUCUAUUCCUUGGCUAUGUUUUUACCAUUUAGUUUUAUUACUUGCACACGUUUCAAUAACGUUAUUCUAAGUAAUUUAAAUAUUAUUCUUCGAUUAUCUUCAUUUCUAAAUAUUUUAUCGAUUACCUCAGACGGGCUCUCUUGUAAAUUAUAAUAAGUGGAAUAAUAUACAAUUAACUCUCCACGUGUUAGUGUUAAGUAUUGACAUAAUAUAGUGACGGUAUAAACACAGGUGGAUCAUAGUCGUUUUCUGUUUUGAACUUGGCUGAAACACUGCCAUGCACCCAAAUUGUUAUUUUAUCACUUUAGUCUUGGAAAAUAGUUUUGAGUUCACCAGAAUAAAAUUAUCAUAAAGUGGUAGACCACAUUUUCUGGCACCUUGAGUGUAUUUUUCGAAAUGAAUUGAAUUAAUGAAAUUAAGUUCGGAGAACUAUUUGUGCCCAUAACGUUUAAUGAGAGACUACAUGAUUGUUAUAAAUUGCCAAUUCAGUUUAAGUAGUACAUAAGUAAAGUUAAUGUUUGUAGAUUUAAGUUUAAUCUUUCAACGACAAUAUUUUUUUUGUAUUAAUUUAACUACAUAAGAGGGUCGAAUACUAAGAAAAACUUCUAUAUAUUGACCAUUUUAGUAAUUCUGCUCUUUACACUUGGAAUAAAAAAAAAUUAUAUUUUAUGAAGAAAUUAGGUAUGAAAACAAACACUGAAGAAAAAUAAAAUCUCUGAAAAAUAAACGUGAAGAGUUUCCAAUAAGUUGAAACGAUAUCAACUUUUUGUAAAUAAUCCUGAUUUAUUGCUUUUCUAAGUAUAUUUAAAUCAACUUCUUUUGUUUUAUUAAAACUUUCUUUAUUCAUAGCGAGUUCGUUAGAGAUAUUAAUCUUCUUAAAAAGUUUUUUUGAAUAAUUAUUUUUUCUCUGUCUGCUUCUUAUAAGAACUUUUCGUUCAUGAAUGUGUUACCAAUAAUAUUACAAUAGACUAAAUGCCAUGUUUUAAUUUUAUGACUAAAGUUAAGAUAAACUAAUCUUCUUAGAUGUAUUUAAUAUUCCUUGUUACGCCUUAUUUGCAUUAACUUUGAAACUAAUAAUAGUUUAAGCUCGUGUUUAUAAGGAUUGCUCAAUAGAUGAGGACUGCAUGUCAUUUAUAAAUAACAAUUUAAACUUUUAAAGAUUCAAUGUUUUGAAACUAAUGUUAAGCGCUACAUUUUAUCGAAAGAACAAAAUAUACUUGAACGACAUUUGAACAAAAUCCUUUCAAACCAUUAAAUUACUAAUAUAGUGCUACUAUAAAAUUCACCAAUGAAAAUUAACUAUAUGAGGGAAAUAAACAAAUGAGCCUUAAAAAACUUUAAUCCAAUUAAUCCGUCCUGAAAAUGUAACGAAUAAGAUAACUUCGAGUACAAUAAACAUGUAAUUUUAAUAUAACAUAAAAUUAGUUUUUAUGAUUGUGAAAUUGAAAUGUGAUAUCAUUAAUUUUAACACUAGUUCUUAAGUAUAACUAAACCAAGUUAAUAAAAUACUAUGAAAGUUU